UCUGUCCCCCCCUCCCCCCGCAACGACGGAGGGGAGUGGAAAGCGGUGGAAGAGAAAGGGGGGGCAGACUCGAGUGAGCGGAGCGAGAAGCACUGAGGCGCCGGGGAGAGCAGAGGAGACGAUGCCUCGGCUCCUCGGGAAAGCGGGGCUCCUCCUCGGCUUUGUCCUGCUCACGCUGCUGCUCCCCGCCGGGAGGGGGCUGCCCCUGAGAAAGCUCCGAGGACCCGAAUCCGGCCCCUCGGGGCCCCGGGACAGGAGCCACUCCAAGCCUGCAGAGGUUUCUACCUCACCUGGUGCCAUGUUACCCCAGCAGAAGAAAAUGCCAUUGUCCUUCCAGACCAGGAACCAAGCUGGGCUACGACGUCAUAAGCGCCGUGGCAUAUCCCAGCCAGUGACCCCAACCCAUCAAGUCCUGAAGGAUGGUGAACCUCCUACUACACAGGAAGCUUCUCCCUUCCUAUUGGAACUGCAGAGCCUUCCAGGAUUGGCUGACGUAGAUCUCAGUGCCCCAAACCCCAACAUCCAGGUGACCAUUGAGGUGGUAGAUGACCUGCAGGCUGAAAUGGAGAUGGACUUGUUGACAGAAACCAGUGAUUACUGGUCCUUGGGCUCCCCCAGCUGGCUCCCUGCCAAAGAACUCUUCUGGCCUCUGUUCUGGGGCUACACAGAGGGUGAGGAGGGAGGAUCUGGGCCCCAGCCAGAGGGAAAAGCCCUCAAAGAGGAAGAGGGAAAGGAGGACAGUGAGGAAGACUAUGCCGCAGAAUAUGAGGAGGAAGAAGAGGAAGAGGAAGAGCCCAUGCUGAGUGGAGUGGGAAGCAAUUGGAAUCAGAGGUGGCCAACACCGAAGACCUGGGAUUUCAUGGAGAAAUACAACUAUGAUUAUGAGAUGGAAGAAGAAUGGAGUCCCUGGUCCUCCUGUAGUGUCACCUGUAGCAGCGGUACCCAGAAGAGGACCCGCUCCUGUGGCUACGCCUGCACAGCCACAGAGUCUCGAAUGUGUGAAUUGCCUCAAUGCCCUGGAACAGAAAGUAAGACAGGCUUUCCCAGUAAGGAUUGGAUGCCUGAAGUACACAACGACACCCAAAUGCUUGGCUCAGAGGUAGACAGCUGUGAGAAGUGGCUGAACUGCAAGAGUGACUUCUUGGCUAAAUACCUGAGUAAGGUGCUGACAGAUCUGCCCAGCUGCCCGUGUGCCUAUCCUCUGGAGGCCGUGUACAGCGCUGUGAGCCUUCCAGAUGAGCAGCAAGGCAGAAGCUUUCGCUGGAGGGAUGCAAGUGGCCCCAAGGAGCGCCUGGAUGUCUAUCAGCCAACCGCCCGCUUCUGCCUGCGCUCCCUCCUCUCUUUGGACAGUACCACGCUGGCUGCCCAGCACUGUUGCUAUGAUGAGGGCAGCCGGCUGCUGACUCGUGGCAAGGGGGCUGGUGCACCUGACCUCAUCAGCACUGACUUCUCCCCAGAGCUGCACUUCAAGGUGGACACACUGCCUUGGAUACUGUGCAAAGGUGACUGGAGCCGCUACCAUGCAGCACGACCCCCAAACAAUGGGCGGGCCUGUGCUGACAACCCACCUGAGGAUGAAUACCUGGCCCAGUUGCAGGAGGCCAAAGAGUAUUAACCAAAGGGUCAGGGAGGCCCAAAGCACGGAGGAUGAAUGGAGGCUUGGCUUUGUCUCUGGUGGCUGGGCCAGAGGCGAUGGGGUCCUGUUGGCUGCUCCCUAGGAAUAUCUGGAAAAGGGUAGGGUAAGAACACCUCACAAUUGGAGUAUCUAUGCCAAGCUGCUCAGUGGGGGAGGGUUUUUCUGGGCAUCUCUGACCUUGCAUGAUUUCUCCCAGUUUAGUGGAAUGAGAAGGCUCCCUGAAAGAGGGACUUCUCAGUUUAUUGGCUCCACCUGUCACUUUCUUGUUUGAAAUAUGGAAGGUGAAGGAAGAGUGAGUGAGUGUGUAUGUGUGUGUGUGUGUGUGUGUGUGUGUGACAGAGAGAGACAGACAGACAGAUAGACAGAAAGAGACUCAGAGACAGAGACAAAUAGAGUGAGUGAAAGGUUGGUCUUAGAUGAGCACAUCCUUGGGUUCUGGGUGGAGAAAAGAGGGGCAUGUCAUUCAAAAAGCCCUUAAUAGCUCUGUGGAUUCAGCUUUCCUAUCCCCCAGCCUCUCUCUCUUGCCUUCCUGCAAGGAAACUUUUGUUUUCCUCUCAUCCCCAUGUUCCUGUGUCCUCAUCACAUCGGUUUGGACACAAAUUUUGGCAUACCAUCCAACCAGACUCCAGUAUCUUGGGGAGAAGGGUUGGGAACUUAAGUCUUGGUUAAUGUAACUUAGGAGUGGCUCAGUUGAAUUAGAGAUAAGCACCUUCAUCUCCAGUGACUCUCUGAGGAUCUAGGGAAUGAUUGAGGGUUAGUUGAAGACUAGUAACAGGAGGACCCAGUCACUCAGAUUUGUUCGAUCCCAUGACUUCCCUCCCUCCUUUCUGAGGGGUCUGAGCAAAUAGGGUGGGAGAACAUUAUUACCAUUGCCAGACAUCUCCGGGACAGUUACUUUGGCUUCAGCCAGCUCUGUAAAGGGGCACAUACCUCAUUCGCUCUCCCCACCCCUCCCCCAAGAGUCUGGCUGAGUACCUCAAUGCCACCACCCUCCUAUUUUCCCCAAUAACGUAACAGACUAGACAUUUACUUCUGUUGUUUGGGGGUAAUGUGUAGGCAUCUGGAUAGGGAGAGUAAUGCAAGAUGCCAGGCAUCUUCAGCCCACAGAGUGCUCGGGAUAGAUUCAUGAACUGCCCACUUGUGUCAAUAGUUCCUUAGUCUGCAUCAAAGCAAUCCCACAAAGGCAUUAAUGUCUGAAGCAGGUGGAUGGCCUGGAUGUGUUGGGAGGAGGAAAGCUGGUAAGAACUGGAUUGGUUGGAUUAGGGCUAGGGGAAUGGUACCCAACCAGGGAAGAAGAGAAGAGGAUGUUCAUGCUGAUCCCAACCCUUGCUCUCCAUCCUAUGGAAUUUUGCUCCCACUCCUACUCCCACAAUGGGAAUGUGAAGGCCUGAGUGAGGAUGUGAUUGGAUGUCAGAAUAGGGCAGGAUUGAAGAAGGGUGGGUUUUAUAGCUACAAAACCUGGGAUGGGGCUAUAGUUUACUUAGAAUGGUGUGCAAAUCUCUACUCCAUACCUAUCCCCUCCCAACACCUAAGAGCCUCUCAUUUCCUGUUGUCUUUACUCCAGCUCUCUGGUGCCCCUCUUUUCCAUCCUGGGUUGCAAUGUCUUGUAGCUUCUCUCGGUGAGUGGUUAACUUGCUUUAGUCCCAGCUGUCACUUGUUACCAAGUUCUUUGGAGUGUAGGAAAGAGGGUAAAGGAGACUCAAUGAGCUGCGAUGGGAUCUUUUUGGGUCUUCAGCAAUAAAGCACUUUAUUUGAAACCACUGCCUGGUAAAGCAGGGAGCAGUGGGAGGAAUCCAGGGGUGGUUGAAAUGGAUUUGAACAGCCUAUAGCCUACCUGGUAAAGGCUCUCAGGAGGGCACUGAAAGGAAGAUGUCCUCAUUAGGGGUUGCCUCUGAGGGCUUGGAAUUUACCUUAUAGGGAGAUGUGAGCAGGGCAGGACAAUUCAAAGACAACUGGCUAUUUGGCUCCUGAAACCCUUUUUUGCACUUUAACAGGCAGGCAUGGGAGGCAAGGGGAGGGGGACAUUAGAUCACCAUGCAUUUAGCAAUUUUAUUGAAAUCUGGACUAACACUCGAAAGGGUACUUCUUUCUUUCUAUACUCACAUGCAUUUGAAUCAUGCAAAUGUGCAAAUCUAUUUAUUGUGCUGCAUUAGAGAGUGCUUACCCAGGACAGCAAUGGUACUUGCCUGGAGUACCCUCAGUCUUCUCAGCUGCCCCUACACCUGCUCCAACUUAGGCUGGGGUGAGAGGAAGGAAUGUUGGCUGUCAGGGCUUCCACUGGCCCUGUAAUAUGACCUACAAAGUGCCAGUCCAGAUAUGUUUGGAUUGCCUCUCCCAGCUCUUCCAGAAGCUCCUAUGAGAACUUUCUGUCAUCUCUGCCUGAUAGUGGGAACCAGUGUUCCCUGGCCUGUCCCUCUUCCUGUCUCACUUUCUUCUUCACUUGAAAGCUGACAAUUUGUCUGGCUACUUAAUUUUGAGCCUAGCCCCUGUAUUCAAAGCAAAUUUGUAGAGGACUGUUUCAGAGGCCAAAGGCUGUACUGUUUAUGUCAGCGGUGGUUGCCCCCACUUCACUCUUGUUAGAGAAGGGCCCACUAGCAAUAGCUAACAUUUACAAAGCACUUACUAUGUUCCAUGCACUGUACUAAGCACUUUAC